AUGAAGUUUGUGGUGGACAAUCAACUAAUCAUCAUUUCUGGAGAAGAAGACUUUGUGGUCAGUCACCUUUCAUCCUUCAGAUAUAUCGAGGCUGAUGAGGACGCUUUGGAAACUUCUUUCCAAGCUCUUGAAAUAGCCAAUGCCACUUUUGUGGAAAUGAAGGGCCCUGUUGGGAAAGCUUGUUCAUCUUUCGCUUCUCUGAAAAGCGCAAAGUCUAGUAUUGAAGGAGGAAACCCUGAAGGUUGGGGUCAACUUAUUGAUAUUCGUGAGAAGCAUGAUCGCUUUGGUCUGGGAUAUGUGCCUUCCGCUGCGAAAGGAGCCCGAGUCCCUACAAAGGACAACACCCGAAGCAUCCAGGAAGUAUUCCUCAGCACAAGAUUCAUCCAUGGAGAUCAAGUCAAUGCAAUUGAAGAUAGCACCGCAAAUGAAGAUGAGCCAUCAACCAAUUUGCACUACAGAGAAGAAAGAAUAUUUGUUGUUGUCAUUGAGGAUUUACUAGCAAAAGGAAUCAAAAAUGCUAAAAAUACAAUUCUAUCUAGAUGUUCUGCUGGAGAAUCGACUUCUAUUUUACAAUAUGAUCGCUUUAGAACUUUACUUCCUGCAGCAGCUGAAGUUAAAUGCGUCUCAGGUGCCGGUUAUUUUAUCAAUGUAAAAGCGGUCUCUGGAGCACAACACAUUGAACAAUUCUACAGCCAAGUCGUUCAAACACAUGCCUCAACAAAGAAUUUGCCUUCGUCUUGCACAUCAAGACUUUCGUCUGUGCUGUGUUGUUUUUCGCAAAAUGAGGUCGCACAAAUCAGUACACCAAUCUUCUUUGUAAUUGCAGCUUAUGACUCAUGGCAGAUUAGGAAUAUUUUGGCACCCGGUGUUGUUGAUCUACAUGGCACUUGGCGUAACUGCAAGCUCAAUAUAAAAGAUUGCUACAUCAGGAAAUAG